UACAAUGGCAUGCAAAGGCCAGAAUGAAUGCUGGUGCUAACUUUUAUAUUGUUGGAAGAGAUCCUGCUGGUAUACCACAUCCUAAUAGAAAUGCAACACCAGAUGGAAAUCUUUAUGAUCCUACUCAUGGAGCCAGAGUUCUCUCAAUAGCUCGAGGUUUACAAUCACUAGAAAUCAUACCAUUUAAAGUUGCAGCUUAUGAUAAAAAAUAUAAAAAAAUGUCUUUCUUUGAUGAGAAACGAAAAGAAGAUUUUGAAUUUAUAUCAGGGACAAAAAUGCGUUGUUUAGCAAAAGCAGGUAAAAAUCCACCUGAUGGCUUUAUGUCAUCCAAAGCGUGGAUUGUUCUUGCACAAUAUUAUCAAAAUCUAGAGAAGUAAAAAUUUAUUAUGAAACAUAUUAAAAAUUAUUGCAAACACUUAAAAGAAAAGUGUUUAUCUUGAAAAAAAUAAAUAAAAAAAAAAAUU